GGCACGGCAAGUGGGUCAUUCCCGACGCCGAGCUGCGCGAGGGCGUCGAGCUCGCCGUGGCGCAGAUGGUGGUGCCCGCCUACCGCAGCUUCAUCCAGACCUUCCGCAGCCUGCUCGACCCCGGCUCGACCGUCGGCUCGCGCCACAUCAAGUACUCGCCCGAGGAUCUAGAGCGCAUUUUAGACGAUUUGUUCCAAGUUAGAAGAGCUCAGGAUAGUAAACCGCGCAACGGAACGACUGGUAAUUCUCACCCCGAUGAUCCGAAUGGAAAUGCUUCGCGAUGACCUCUGGCUUCUGUGUCUGUUUCUGUCUCGAUUUUUGCCGCAAUUCUCCUCUGCUGCUCCUCUUCCUCCUUCCUCUUCUCAUUUUGCCUUUGGUGCAUGGCGCGGUCCGAUGAGAGACCGAGUGACCGCAUGAAUGGAUCCCGUGUUUCGAUGCGUCGCUGGGUUUGAGUUGUGCUUUGCUUGGCAGCUUGAUCCCGGACAUGGUUCCGGGUCCCUUGUAUGAUGGUGAUGAUGAUUUCGUGCUUUGGCUUAAGUCACUUUUUUGUGAGAAUUGUCGGUGUCAUUUUAAAUCUUGGAAGGAGGUUUGCAAGCACAUUGCGACUGACAUCAUUUCAUCCGGUUGGCUGGUUGGCUGGCCGCCCUUGGAUUGCACUCGAUGAGCACGUUCUUGAAAGUCCAGCGCUUUGUGUCUUGCUCUUGUUUCUCUGUUAUCUGUAAGUAUGUUGCUUCGUCCUACCAGGACACGUGGUCUAAGGCCGCAGGCAGAUUCAGUCAAUGAUAACCCGUCCACUCUGAAAGUGGUUCAGUUCUGAUUUUAAACACUAAAUUUUAUCACCACAGACGGCAACCUUGGGGACGGAUGAUGAUGAUGAGGAUGAUGAAGGGUGCAGACGCACACACGAAUACAAGGAGCACAUCAAGUUCAAGAAACAACAUGCUUUGAAGAGACUUAAUUUGUGGGUCUUCGUCUCUGGCUACAUACAAGAUUUAUUUCUGCUUAGAGGGUAGCCUCCCGUCAACUAAAUGAUGGCGAAGCUGCUGAUUAGAAUCGUUACGUUAAUCAAUGGUGUUGACCGAAAGCUCCUGUGUUUUCUGCCUGAUGCGAGAGGUCGAGUCGAAUGAACGCUACCCAGGUGUUUGUAAUUAUGACAUUAGAGUUAGUUGACUGCCAGUGUAUAGAGACCUCAUUAAUUGUGAGAAGAAGAAUGUAUUGGGUCAUUUGUCAAUCAAAUACACAGGACAGGUAUAGCAAGUACGGCAUGGGAGGAGAGCUUCACAGUUGUUCACUUUGACUGGAAUACCCUUCUAGGCUGUAGGUAGAUAGAUACUUGCAGGAAAAGUACAUCGGUUCAAGGUAGGUCAGUGUGGGCACUGUACAAUAUAAAUUAUAGCAUCUUUUCUCCAUCCAUUCUCUAAUUUCUCAGGGGAGAGAACAUGCUCUAGUUUGGAGACGUUCAUGAUCCGAUUUACACUUAAACCCAGGCCAUUUUAGAGAGCUGCUAGAAGCUCUGCAAUCCUAACAACCUAACUCGCACAUUUCACCACACGUUGGAUCUUGUAGAUUUUGUACUUCUUUAUUUGGUAUGAAUCAGGUUCAAAUAUUGGAAAUUAACGGUUGUUCACUCACUUCGUAUACUUUACACACUGGAGCCAUAGGUUCACAAGUGCGCAGGCGCACUUGUGAACCUACACUUGUUUUAUGAACAUAACAGAUUGUUCCUAUCCUUGGUCUACCCGGAAGAGUCCUUAUCUGAGACCAGUGACAGUUUUCGCUUUUGUUGCUGGCAUGCAUUGAGUAGUGUAAAUAUAUGACGAAUUGAAGGUGGGGCUAGCAUGACAUGAUGGCUUGACUGAAGAAGUUGCUGAAGCGAUUUGAUUCGAGCUAGGAAGGAAGGCGGGCGGGCGGGCAAGUGUAUACGUAUCAAUGUAGCAUACUGUCAUUUGGACGAAUCCACGCGCUGCACUUCUGCAUCCAUGACUGAUGAGUAAACACGGAUGAGACCACUCUCCUACAGACGUCACAGGUGGUUUGGGUGGGCAAUCCACACAAGCAAAGACAGGUCAUAUUCAGGGCUACUGACUGACAUUUGUGGGUAUGGAGGAGCUCAGGCACAAAUACAUCAAUACUCGGACUCAAACUUUCUUAAAGUCAGUUGCAAGACAGCACGACUUUCUUUCAGGUCACUUGCAAGACAGGAAAGACUGGGUAGUAUGCAUAUACAGAUGUUACAUUAAAACUUAGAGGAAUCUGGAACUGUGCCGUAGAUUGUAAAUUACGAUUUAUGGAGUGGGGAUUUGGAACCUACUUAAACAUUUUUUGUGUUCAAUUCCAUUGGCCAAAGUUUUUUUUGGCGUUAAGCUGGUGAGCUCUUCGCUGACAAGGUUUUAGUUUCCAAUUAUUUGAAGAGUGUAAAAUAGGUAGCAGAUUUUGAUUCUUAUCUUCAAAGCUGAGAGUUCAAACUGAAAGUGUAUACGCGAGGAAUAUGUUGAUACCGUGUAGCGUUUGUCUCGCCGGACAUGGUCGAAUGGCUGACGCAGAGUCUGGAAAGAGCGUGCUUACAUCGGCAGCCUUUACACGCAUCACUGGUUUUACGAUUUGUUUCUGUGAGUCAGGAGAAUGGAGAUUAUUUACAUUUACGAUUGUUUCUGCCCAAUCAAUGCAAGAGAUCUGCUCAAACCACUCAAGUCCUUUCCUUCAUAGUUUGACGACGAGCAGGAGGGACUUGAGGCUUGGCACUGGGAGUUUCACGAAACGCUUUGAGGAGUUGAUUGAGAAAUAUCUUGCUGAGAAUCUUGACUAAGACGAGUAUGACUGUUUCCUACCAGUCAAAAGGCAGAAUUUUCGCGGCGUCAUCGCAAAGUCCAAAUGGAUGCGUAGACUGUUUGCUUGCUACUGAAGAACAGCGCACAGCAUCAACGACGGAGUUCCGAACUUCCGCAGUGAAGGACGAAUGGACAGUUCUCCUUCGUACGAACGAAACGGUAGGACGUUUGGCACCAUGGUCUAUGAUCAUGGUGGAACUUGCUCAGCUAAGCGCCCACUGUAAGCGAGCGACAAGCCAAUUCUGGAGCAUGACGAUCAUUUCGUUCGUCAAUUUCAGUAACCAACACCAGUUGCGAAUUUACGCUCUGGCUCGGAAACUUGUCUCGAAAGUGAUACAAAUCUGUCGAAAAAAUGUUAUGUGGCGCGUAUCAAAAUAAAUGAAAAUUGGUCUUAGCUUCA